AUGAAAGUUAUUAUUAAUUUUGGUGAAAAAAAAGUCGUCGUACCAUGUGGUAUUGAUGGCAAUAUAUCUAUACGGGAAUUAAUUAAUUUAGCAACAGCAAAAUAUUGUAAAUUGUCAUACAAUAAUGGUUCAGUUUUGAACAGUGAUCAAGUUCAAUUAAGGCUUAAUAAUGGUGCUGUUUUAGAUCCUGAUGAUCGAGUAUGUGAUGUAGCUGAUGAUCGAGAAGAGCUAUUUGCGAUUAUUGAUUGUCAACAAUCACAUUAUCCAUCAUAUACAACAACAACAACUAUAAAUAGCAAUGGUGAUUUAUCUUCAAGUGCAACUAGUUCAAAUUUAUCAUCAAGUUUAUCAGAACAUGAUCGUUUAAUGGUACCAAAUUCAAAUAAUCGUCAUGAAGUGAUUGUCACCGAUGCUGAUCUUCGAACUCGAUCUUUACGUGUUAAAAACGAUCCAAAUUCGAAUUCACAACAGUCAACAUCUCAGCAAUCAUCAUCUGAUAGCAAAAUGAAACAUCGACCAAUGUAUUCACCACCAACACAUGAUGCAACAAAAAAUCAAUCAUUCGAUGAUAUCAUAGGAAUGUAUAAUGUUUAUAUAGAUGAAAUAACUGGUGAUAAAAUAUUUUCAAUUAUAUUACCAAAAGAAAAUAGUCCCUUAGGCAUACAUGUUGUACCUUAUAAUGGUGAUGAACAACAAGUAAAUGGACUUGUUUUACAAAAUAUUGAAGCUGAUGGACAUAUUAAACGACAAGGUAUAUUACAAUUAAAUGAUCGAAUUAUUGAAAUAAAUCGAACAAAUAUUGACCGUUGUUCAUUUGAUAAAGCUCAAUUAAUAUUUCGAACGGCAUUACUUGAACCAGAACUUGAAUUAAAAAUUAUUCGAAGUAUGAAAAAACCACCAAUACCACCAUCACAUAAAUCAACAUCAUUUCGUUCAAAUAAUAAAAUACGUUCAACAUUAUCAGAAAUCAAUCAAAAUAAUGAUCUAUCAUUUGUUGACAAUGAUUCAAAUAUGAAUUCAUUAAAUACUAGACGUUUAGGAAAAAUUAUUAAAAUUAUACUUGUUAAAGGAAAUGAUGGUCUUGGUUUUAAAUUAGCAUCACGUGAUAAUCCAACCGGUGUUGCCAAUCCAAUAUAUGUUAAAACAAUAUUUCCAAAAGGUGCUGCUAUUGAAGAUGGACGUUUACAACGUGGUGAUCGUUUAUUAACAGUUAAUUCAAUUGAUGUUACACAAAUGUCAUUACAAGAAACGGUUGGUUUAUUACGUGAAACACGUAUUGGUGAUACAGUUGAAUUUUGUAUAUCAAGACAACGUGAUGGAACAUUACCACAAGAUCUAAUGAAUGAUGAAAUGCAAAUAGUUGAUAUAAAAAAUGAAAUAAAACCACAAAUAAUGACAUUUGAUAUACCAUUAAAUGAUACAUCAUCAGCUGGUCUUGGAAUAACAUUGAAAGGGAAAACAUCUAUUGUUGAUGGACAAUCUAUUGAUUUAGGAAUAUUUGUUAAAAGUAUUUUAACUGGUGGAGCUGCAUCUCGAGAUAAUCGAUUACGACCGAAUGAUCAAAUUCUUGUUAUUAAUGAUUCUUCAUUGAUAAAUAUAUCAACUUUAGAAGCUGCUGCUAUUUUACAUGAAGCUGUACGACGUGAAAUUCAUCCUGGACAUAUUAAAGUAACUAUAUCACGUUUACCAAUGACAAACGAUGAUCAACCUAUGACUUCUACAAGACAUGUUAAAGAAAUUGAUUUAUCACCAUUACCAUCAUUAAUGCCAUUAAAUAAUGAUGAAAAUGAAUUAGAUCUUACAACAUUUGUUCCACNUAUAUAUGUUCAAAAAUCUUCCCAUCCACCCAUUCCAAAACAAUUUUUACAUACAAAUUUAAAUGGUUCACAAUCAUUAAAACAACAUCAAUCAUCUUUUCAUCCGUCUAUUAUACCAGUAUCAUCAAUUCGUUCACCAUAUCCAUCAACAUUUACUGUACAACCAGCACAUUUUACAUCAUAUAGUCAUAAUAUGGAUACUCCGAUCAAUACAUCUCACCAACCACAAACAAGACGAAUAGGUUAUACAGCAGCACCAGUCUAUCCAACAUCACGAAGUUAUUUUCAUCUUGAAAGUCCGGCUAAUGUUUGA